GGCCGCCAUGCACCCAUGGGUGCUGCUCGCGCUGCUCUGCGCAGGGUUGCCCCCCCCCCUCGUUUCCAACCUGGACCAGACGACGCCGAGGGUUUUUCAGGGCGCGGGUGGGGGCUCCUUCGGGCACAGCGUGGCGCAGGUCAACGGCGGGGUGCUGGUGGGGGCCCCCCUGGAGCCGGGAGGUGCCGGUGAGACGGGACGCGUCUAUCGGUGCCGAGUCGAAACCGGGAGCUGCCGAAACGUCCCCGUCACCGUACCCCCGGAGGUGACCUCCACGUCUCUGGGAUUGUCCCUGGCGUCCCACGGAUCCCAGUUCGUGGCGUGCGGCCCCACGGUGCGUAGGACUUGUGGGGUGAACACGGAGCUGCGGGGACUCUGCUUCCUCCUGCCCGCGGGCAAAGCGCUGCCUGCAGCCCUGCCAGGUUGCUCCAUGGAGGCCUCUGACAUCGUCUUCCUCAUGGACGGGUCGAGCAGCAUCUUGCCCGAAGACUUUGACAAGAUGAAGACCUUCAUCACCCGGAUCAUGAGCCGGUUUGAGAACACUGACACCCGUUUUGCCCUCAUGCAGUUCUCCAGCAUUUCCACUCUCCAUUUUGACUUCGCCGCCUUCGCCCGGUUGUCCCCGGUGGAGCGGGUGAAGGAGGUCCUAGCCGUCGCGCAGAGCAAAGGGACCACCCACACGGCCAGCGCUAUCCGGACCGUGGUGAGACAACUGUUCACCCAGAGGAACGUAGCCCGGGCAGGUGCCCACAGGGUCCUCAUCGUGGUGACGGACGGGCAGAAGUUUGGGGACACGCUGGAAUAUGGACAGGUCAUCCCCGAAGCGGCGCACGCGGGGAUCAUCCGCUAUGCCAUUGGGGUGGGCAGCGCCUUCAUGGACGCGGACGCCGUGCAGGAGCUCCACACCAUCGCCUCCGAACCCACCCAGGACCACGUCUUCCGGGUGGACAACUUCGACGCCCUGCAGGGCAUCCAGGACCAGCUGCAGGAGAAGAUCUUCGCCAUCGAGGGCACCCACUCCGCCCACAGCAGCUCCUUCCAGCUGGAGAUGGCCCAGGAGGGCUUCAGCGCCCUGCUCACCCCCGAGGGGCCCGUCCUGGGAGCGGUGGGCGCCUACGACUGGUCCGGAGGGGUCUUCGUCUACGGCGCCGGCGGGGAGACCGCCUUCGUCAACGCGUCCCGCGCCGCCGGGGACAUGAACGACGCCUACUUGGGCUACGCAGCCGAGCCCCUGUCCCUGGGGGGCAGCCGGGCGCUGGCGCUGGGGGCCCCCCGCUACCGCCACGUCGGCCGCCUCCUCCUCUUCCUCCUCUGCGGCCCCCGCCGCACCUGGGACCUCCUGGCCGACGCCCCGGGGCCGCAGGUGGGCUCCUACUUCGGGGCGUCCCUCUGCGCCCUGGACGCCGACGGGGACGGCGCGGCCGAGGUGCUGCUGGUGGGGGCCCCCAUGUUCUACGGCGCCGGCAGCGGGGGCCGCGUGGCCGUCUGCGCCCUCGGCACCAAGGGCGAGCGGCUGCGGUGCCAGGAGAUGCUGCGGGGACAACCCGGCCACCCCCUGGGGCGCUUUGGGGCCAGCCUGGCUCGCCUGGGGGACGUCGACGGGGACCGGUGGGCCGACGUGGCCGUGGGGGCCCCGCUGGAGGACGAAGAGCGGGGGGCCGUCUACGUCUUCCGCGGGACGCGGGGCGGCGUCGCCUCCCAGUACAGCCAGCGCAUCUCAGGCGCCCAGUUCUCCAGCGGGCCACGCUAUUUUGGCCAGGCCAUCAGCGGUGGCCAGGACCUGACGGGGGACAGGCUGCCGGACGUGGCCGUGGGCGCCCAGGGACAGGUCCUGCUGCUCAGGUCCCAGCCGCUGCUCAAGGUCCGGGUGACGGUGGCUUUCCAGCCCCAGGAGAUCCCCGCGGCCGCCUUUGACUGCCAGGAGGAGGAAGCGCCCAAGGGGGAAGUGGCCAAGGCAAAGAUUUGCUUCCUCACCACCAAGAAAACACCUGACAACUUUGGCGCCCAACUCUCCGUCACCCUGCGGUACCAGGCGGCCCUGGACCCCGGCCGGGCGAUGGUCCGCGCCGUCUUCUCCGGCGGCGCCGCCGUCCGCAACGGGACCCUCCGCCUGGGCGUGGGAGAGCGGUGCGAGACCUUGGCCAUCGCCUUCACGGGGUGCCCCCGCGACACGCUGACCCCCCUGGCGCUGCGCCUCGCCUACGACGCCACCGGGGACCCCAUCGAGGUGGCCGGGGGCCUGCGGCCGGCCCUGAGCGAGGACUCGCAGACGGUGGCCACGGGCACGCUGCCCUUCGAGAAGGACUGCGGCACCGACAACGUCUGCGUCGACGACCUCCACGUCUCCUUCAACUUCUCGGGGCUGGAAACCGUCGUGGUGGGGGUGACCGACGUGGUGGACAUCACCGUCACCCUCCGCAACCGCGGGGAGGACUCGUACGGGACCACCGUCCAGCUGCAGCACGCCGAAGCCCUCUCCUACCGCAAGGCCGUGGUGCUCCAGUCCUCCAGGAGAUCCCCGUCCCUGCGCUGCAACUCGGAGCCGGCGGAGGGACGGCAUCGCAAGACCCUCUGCCUCGUCAACCACCCCAUCUUCCGCCCCGGCACAGAGGUCGUCUUCACCGUCACCCUGGACGUGCCCCACGGCGCGGAGCUGGGGCAGGCGUUGGAGGUGGUGGCCAACGCCACCAGCGACAACGGGGCGCCGGGCGGCCGGGCUGAGCGCGCCGAGAUCCCGGUGAAGUACGGCGUCUUCCUCGUCCUCACCAGCGCCCCCAACUCCACCAAGUACGUCAACGUCUCGACGCGCGCGGGGGCCCCCCCCAGCGCCCCCGUCACCCACCGCUACCAGGUGAAGGUGCUGGGCCAGCGCGGGGUCCCCGUCACCGUCACCUUCCUGGUGCCCACGGGCCUGGGGGGGGCCCGGCUCUGGGACCACCUGGGGGUCACCCCCGAGCAGGACUCGGGCUCGUGCCGGGCCGUGACCGAACACCCGGAGGGGCCCCACGGCGCGCGGGGGCUGCAGGAGCGCCCCCUGCUGGACUGCACCGUGGCCGCCUGCACGGAGCUGCAGUGCCGGGUCCCGGAGCUGGAGCCCCCCCGGGCGCUGGGGUUCAGCCUCGGGGGGAGCCUGGCCCUGGCCUGGAUGGCCCAGACCCAGCAGCCCAAGGUGCUCGUGCAGAGCUCGGCCCGGGUCAGCUUCGAUGUGGGGCGGUUCUGGAACAGCGGGGGGGACCCCCAGCUCCAGGUGCAGACGGAGCUGGAGCGCCUGGAGCCCCCCAACCCCCUGCCCCACAUCCUGGGGGGCACGGCGGGGGGGCUGCUCCUGCUGGGCCUGGCCGCGCUGCUGCUCUACAAGGUGGGCUUCUUCAAGCGCCGCUACAAGGAGCUGCUGGAGGGCGACGGGACCCCCCCGGCCCCCCCGGGCAACCCCCAGGGCUGAGGCGGCCCCGCACCCAUGGGUGCCCCCCCCCCCCCCCCCCCCCUCACUGUGGGGGUGUCACCCGCACCCAUGGGUGCCCC